UUCAACUUAUUUAAAAUGCCAAAAGCAUGUCCCUCAAAUGUACAACCUUUAGAUAUAUCCGCAAUUACCAGACUUUGAAUGUGUAACUGACUGCAAUCUGUGUGGUACAAUCAGGUAGCUGCCCUACAUUAAAUUGACAUCAGUCUGGACAGCUGUGCCCAGCUGUAAGAUACCCACCACUUCCAUCAGAUGUGGAAGUCAGUGGUGGGACACAACGUGAGCUUAAAGGUUGCAGAGGGGGACGACUGGGAGACCGACCCUGACUUUGAGAAUGAUGUGUCAGAACAGGAACAGAGAUGGGGGGCCAAGACCAUUGAGGGGUCUGGUCGAAAAGAACACAUCAGUGUAUCAGAGCUGAGACAGAAGGUGUCCCAGGAGCAUGAGGUGGGAAAGCAGAAGGAGCGAGCGGAGGCUCCCAAGGCCUCUUAUGGUUACGGGGGGAAGUUUGGAGUGGAGAAAGACCGCAUGGACAAGGGGGCAGUGGGGCAUGGCUACGUGGCGCAGGUGGAGCAGCACUCAUCCCAGACCGAUGCAAAGAGAGGAUUCGGGGGGAAAUUUGGAGUGCAGAAAGACCGUGUGGAUAAGUCUGCCAUGGGUUUUGAAUACAAGGGUGAGGUGGAGCAGCAUACAUCUCAGAAAGACUAUUCAAAGGGUUUUGGAGGGAAGUUUGGGGUGGAGAAGGAGAAAGUGGACAAGGCUGCCUUGGGAUACGACUACAAGGGAGAGACCGAGAAGCACCAGUCUCAGAAAGACUAUUCCAAGGGUUUUGGGGGGAAGUUUGGGGUGGAGAAGGAGAAAGUGGACAAGGCUGCUUUAGGUUAUGACUACAAGGGAGAGACAGAGAAGCAUGAGUCACAGAAAGACUAUGCCAAGGGCUUUGGGGGACGCCAUGGCGUCCAGACAGACCGCAUGGAUAAAAGUGCAGUGGCCUUCACAGACAUGGAAUCCCCUACCUCUGCCUAUGAGAAGACAAUACCAUUGGAGGCAUCAAGUGCAGGGGCAGGCAACCUGAAGGCUCGCUUUGAGAACCUGGCUCGGUCAUCAGACGAGGAGAACAGAAAGCGAGCGGAGGAGGAGAGAGCCAGGAGACAGGCUAGAGAGAAGAGAGAGCAGGAGGAGGCACAACGCAUACAACAGGAACAGAACAGCAGGGAGGAGGAAGCAGAGCAGCAUCAGCCUCCACCUGUUGAAGAACAUCAGCCUCCACCUGUUGAAGAGCAGAGACCUCCACCUGUUCCAGAGACCAACAGGAAGCCCCAACCACCACAGCUGCCCACUGCCAGGGCAGUGCCUCAGAUACCAAGAGAUGAACCUGAGCUAGUGGAGGAAGAGGAGGAGCCAGACUAUGACCAGCCCCCGUGCCUGCCCCCACGGUCAAGUGACCUGCUGGAGGCGGAGCCACCUCAGGAGCAGACCCCAUCAGAACCAGAGCAGGAGGAUGAGGGAGAGUAUGAGGAUAUCUCACCAAUACCUUUCUUCCCAGAACCUGUUCCAGCUGUGGAUAAUGACUAUGAGGACCUGACAUGCGGUCAGACCGCAGUGGCCAUUUAUGACUACCAGGGAGAGGCAGAUGAUGAGAUCUCCUUCAACCCGGAUGAUGUCAUCACCAACAUAGAGAUGGUGGAUGAAGGCUGGUGGAAGGGACACUGUCACGGACGCAUUGGACUUUUCCCUGCUACAUUCGUGAAAAUGAUGUAGUGAGCGUGCCUAUACAGUCUCCAACACAGACAUAUACCUGAGCCCAUAGGACCUGUAUUUCUUUUCACAGGGGGGACAUCAGCAUAUUGAUCCUAUCGGACAGGUAUAGUUUGAUUGUACCAUGGGAGCAUCUCAAUUGCAUACUCCUCUAUCCUCACUUUCUUAAUACCCAUUGGAGGUCAGAGGGGAGGGACCUCUGGCUUUCUCAUCCAAUGGGUUUUGAGGUGAGGAUGCAAGGAGUAUACAAUUCAGAUUCUCCCCAUGUGUUUUCUAGUCAAUUGAUUUAAUUGAAUUGGUCAGUAGUCAUGAUAUAUAAUGGAUAGUCAUUGUGCUUCAUUACUGCUCAGGGUGGGAUGCAGCCGUUCCCCUUAUAAACGCUGAUUGCAUUGCAACACUUGCAUUUCAAAGGAUUAUGUAAGUCAUUUAGCUAUGGAAUGUUUUGUUUAAAAACAAUAAUGAUUAACUACAGAGAAUUGUAUUUUGGCUAUUGAUGGAAUCCUUAACUUGAAUUACAUUGAAAAGCAUAAUAUCAAACACCAGGUUAAAGGUCAUUUCUAGAAUCAACUGCAUGUAAUCAAUAAACUGUAUUCAUGUACAGAAA